AUGUCUCCAUCCGCUCUUUCAUCUGCCCUCCUUGCUGUUGCGGCCAUUACCUUUGUCCACGCUCAGCCUGACCCUGCUGACCCCACUCCUCUCGUUGAUAAGCAUUAUGCCUACCCAUCUGGUAUCUCGACUAUAAUACCGCAUGCUCUUCGUGGUCCCCAAACCGGUUACAAUAUUUGCAACUCCACAACUGAGAACCAGAAUUCCUUGUGUCAAACCUCGUUCGUGAACCACAUAGACGACUUCUGCCUCUGGGCUCCCCCACAGCCCAACUCCACCAUCGGUGACACCGAAGUCCAGGACACGGUACUCGUCUCAUCCCCGCCGGUGCUCUUCCAAGGCGUACAGCUCAUCAAGACCCCCAACUACAUCCAAAUUGCCGGUUUUAUUGACCAGACCCAGGUCAACAUUGCUGCUAAUGACUACGGAGGCGAGUUGGACCCUCACGGUGCUGAUUUGCGCGGUAAUCCUCUUGGCGGUCUCAUGUACUCCAACGCGUUCCCCAGCAACGGUGGUAACAAUGACUCGUACCAACAGGUUAUUGACUGGACAAACUUCAUGGGUGGCGACGGUUUCUGUAUGAAAGUCUGCGAUCCCGCCGGCCAGAACCAACAGGCCCUCUGCCAAAACAUCUAUGACCGUCUUGGGUGCGCAUACAAUGCACCCAACAACGCACAGAAGGGUGUUUUCGAGGUCUGCGAUGGUGACGACAUGUCCCCCGUCGGUGUCUACACUACCAACGGCGCUACCUCGACCUAUUUCCAACCCGCUGAAUCUCUUGGUCCGAUCACCACCGUACCUUACACUGCCACACCUGCUCCGAGCUCGAACUGCGUGACGUACGCAAGCACGGCACUGUACACCGGUCAGCCGACGCCAUCAGGCGCGACCGCGAGUUCAGGUGCAAGUGGAGCAAAGUCAACAGCGAGCGGCACCAAUUCUGGCGCAUCACCAGCUAAAACUGGUGGUGCUGCCACCAUGGGUGUAUCACUUAGCGCUGGACUUGUUGGUUGUGGUGUUCGCAAUGGCGUCUUGUCGUAAGACGGUACGGUAUCACUGUUGACGGGGAGAG